GCGCGGGGCGCUGUCACGUGCCCGAGCCCCGCUCGCCGCUGCGGAGCCGGAGGAGCCAGGACGGGGCCGCGGAGCCGGGACGGGGCCGCGCCGGAGGCAGCGCUGGAGCCGGCGGCGGGCGGGGUGAAUUGCAGACAGUGACUCCCAGAGCAUCUUGGCUGUAUGAACUCUUGAGCUGUCAAGGGACUGAGAGGCUUAUGAAGAGGUUCUGUCAGGCAAAACAGUGCUUAGCCAAGACACCAAGGAGGAGGGAAAAGGAGAAAGGGAGGGAGAGAGAGCUGAAACACUAACAAACCAUGAGAUCUAUCCGAUCUUUUGCUAAUGAUGACCGCCAUGUAAUGGUGAAACAUUCAACCAUUUAUCCAUCUCCAGAGGAACUUGAAGCUGUCCAGAACAUGGUAUCAACAGUAGAAUGUGCCCUUAAACAUGUCUCUGACUGGAUGGAUGAAAAGAACAAGUCUACAAAAUGUGAGGGUGAUGUGGAAGCAAAGGAGGAAGCUGCAGAAAGCAAUGCCAAGGAUCAAGGUGGUCGGACGUUGUGUGGUGUUAUGAGAAUUGGCUUGGUUGCAAAGGGCUUGCUGAUAAAAGAUGAUAUGGAUCUGGAGCUGGUGCUCAUGUGCAAAGAAAAACCCACAAAGACCUUGUUAUGUAUAGUUAAAGACAAUCUCCCAGCUCAAAUUCAGAAACUUACAGAAGAGAAGUAUCUCGUGGAGGAGCAUGUAAACGAGGCAGCUAUUGUUAUUCGUAACACAAAGGAGCCCAAGCUGACUUUGAAGGUGAUACUUACAUCCCCUCUCAUUCGAGAUGAAGCAGAUAAGAAGGAAGGAGUAGACAAUGUUGCGAUGAAAGAUCCUCCGGACUUAUUGGACAGGCAGAAAUGCCUGGAGGCCUUGGCGUCUCUGCGGCACGCCAAAUGGUUUCAGGCCAGGGCAAAUGGACUAAAAUCAUGUGUAAUUGUCCUUCGUAUUCUGCGGGAUUUGUGCAACAGAGUCCCCACAUGGGCACCACUGAAAGGAUGGCCACUCGAGCUUAUAUGUGAAAAAUCUAUAGGUACUUGUAAUAGACCUCUGGGUGCUGGGGAAGCAUUGCGACGAGUGAUGGAGUGCUUGGCAUCUGGAAUUCUGCUUCCUGGAGGCCCUGGUCUGCAUGACCCCUGUGAACGGGAGCCAACAGAUGCUCUGUCGUACAUGACAGUUCAGCAAAAAGAAGCCAUUACGCACAGUGCGCAGCAUGCCCUCAGAUUAUCAGCCUUUGGUCAGAUCUAUAAGGUUUUGGAAAUGGACCCCCUCCCAUCAAAUAAGUCCUUUCAGAAAUAUUCCUGGUCAGUAACUGACAAAGAAGGUACAGGCUCCUCUGCUCUUAAGAGGCCAUUUGAAGAUAGUGUUGGGGAUGAUAAAGAUCCAAAUAAAAAGAUGAAGCGUAAUCUGAGGAAAAUACUAGAUAGUAAAGCAAUAGAUCUCAUGAAUGCUCUGAUGAGGCUGAACCAAAUCAGGCCAGGGCUUCAGUAUAAGCUGCUGUCACAGUCUGGUCCAGUCCAUGCCCCAGUCUUCACAAUGUCUGUAGAUGUUGAUGGUACAACAUACGAAGCAUCAGGACCUUCUAAGAAAACAGCCAAGCUCCAUGUGGCAGUGAAGGUUUUACAAGCCAUGGGGUACCCAACUGGUUUUGAUGCAGACGUGGAGUGUAUGAGUUCCGAUGAAAAAUCAGAUACUGAAGGUAAAAGUGAAACAACAUCUUCAGUCUCAAGCAAUAAUACUGGAAAUUCCACAGCUGACACCUCCGCUACCCUAGAGGUAAGAACUCAGGGUCCUAUACUCACAGCAAGUGGCAAAAACCCAGUGAUGGAGCUCAAUGAAAAAAGAAGAGGUCUGAAGUACGAGCUCAUCUCCGAGACAGGUGGAAGCCAUGACAAGCGCUUUGUGAUGGAGGUAGAAGUAGAUGGGCAGAAGUUCAGAGGCGCAGGCCCAAAUAAGAAAGUAGCAAAAGCAAGUGCUGCAUUAGCAGCACUUGAAAAACUGUUUUCUGGGCCUAAUGCAGCAAACAACAAGAAAAAGAAGAUUAUUCCUCAGACUAAAGGGGUUGUCAAUACAGCUGUUUCUGCAGCAGUCCAGGCUGUUCGAGGCAGAGGACGAGGUGCUUUAACACGAGGAGCAUUUGUUGGAGCAGCUGCUGCUACUGGCUACAUAACACCAGGCUACGGAGCACCGUAUGGGUACAGUACAGCCGCACCAGCUUACGCCAUAUGCACUUGUAUAAAAUAAGCAGAAAUGUAGUGACUCUAAGCUGAGAUCGUGAUAUAAAGCUCUUACAGUCCAAAGCAUUCCACUCUGCUGCUUUCAAAUUCUCACUUUGUUGUACCUUCUGUUGGAAUCAGUGAUAAGCUCCUAAGGUGCAGGAUUUCCUCGGAACCUGUCUCACUGAAAAUGGAACUUGAGCAAAACAUUCCCAUAUUGAAGUGUCAUGGAUGCAGGCUCCGUAAGUGCCAAAGAGCUUGUUGGCAUGGGAGAGAGCAGUUAAUUUCUGACAGCAGGUUUUAAUCUAACUGAAAUACCAAGCUAUUAUCGGAUGAGUAAUUUGGGUAACGUCUGCUUGAUCAAUAUUGCAAUAAGCACUGUUUUGCUAAGGCAGAACUAGAACUCCUUUCUUUUGCAUAAUACUUGCAAGUUUCCUUUUUGAAGCCUUCUCACAGGAGCAUGGUCUGAAGUGCCUUUUCUGUGAGAUCAGAGGUCUGGUUUAUGGCUACUAAGUUCUGUAUGUCUGGAUAUACCCAACAGGCAAAUAUGUAAACCUGGCUCUGUAUGCUUGGUGCAGCUGCUAGUGUCACUGCCUAUUUUGUAGCACCUUCUCAGUGAAGCAGAAAUGCUAUUUUAUAGUUUGAAUUUCUGGUUCAUGUUAAAGAGUUCUGGAAAAGUUCCUUUCAAUUAGUACAUAUAUAAAUAGGACAGCAGGGAAAGUCUGUGUCUGUAUACUGCCCACCUUAACUCUAGUUUUAGCUAGCCAGAUGACAGCAUGUAUUUUGGGAGAUGGUGUCUGGCACUUAAAGGAUAAAAAGAAGCCAGAGAUUUACAAUAACAAAUUGACCUGUUAAUGUAUUGUCUGUACUGGAGGUGAAUGGCAUUUCCACUGACUUUGGAAGAACAAUUGUGAGUUUCAGUGGUCUGCUCUGUUAACACUGAGGACAGUGAGGUUGCUUACACAACAGGGAGAUGAAAUACAGCCUGUUCCACUGUUACAAUAGCAUGUUUGCCAUUAGCCAUGCUUGCAUAGAAAACCCACAGUCAGGCAGGUACAUGCUUUCUCUUUCUACCAGUUUGUGUUUCAUGGACCACAUGUGUGGAGAUGUGUGUCAAAUCAGCCUGCUGCACUGUCUGAUGGGGUCUGAAGUGCCCCAGCUGGACAGCAGGUCUCUCAGGCCCAUCUUCCCACCAGAGAAUUUAAUCCCAGUUGAGUUCUUAUACCAUCGUAGCACUGGUGUGAGAACAGCAUUGGUAUGACCUUGUUGUGAGAUCAUGUAUUCUAGAAGCAGUCUUUUCCUUUGUUUUGAAACAGGUGAAAGCUAGAUAGACGUACUGUUUAGGAAUUAGCACGACUUGAGAAGACACCCAGUGCUAUUGUACACAGGGUACACGUCAGCUGGUAGCUCCUCUAUGAAAGUGCACAGUUCUGCAAGGAGUUGGCACCUCCAUUUCACCAGCUGCAGGGUCAAAACUGGAGUUUUAAACAGCAGUCUUUACAGAUGGGAAUGCUGAAGUACUGUGUGCUGCUAACGAUACCUCAGCAGUUUCUCCCCCAGUGGGUGUCAUCUUCCCAGAUGCAACCAUGAAUUUUUAAGAAAUAAGGUACUUGAUAAAAUCUCACUUUGCCCUAUGAGAUUUCUCCAGGCACGUUUCUAUCUACGUAAGGUUUUAAAGGGAACCAGAUUGGUUUGGAGAGCUUGGCUAGCUGGAAGCAUGGUACGUGAUCCUUCCUGCCAUCGUGCCCUCUCGCUUGCUGUCUUAAGCACACAUUCAGGAGCUGGAACAUGGUGACCCAAUUCCUGGGCAUUGUGCCAGCUGGAUGGAGGGAGGCCAGCCUGUACUCAUGAAGGGAAUGUGUAACAUCCAGCCUCUGUUGCCCAAGCGAAUUCUGUUGGACACAGUGCACAAUCCAACCCUCACAAAGGCAAUUUAGUGCCUGGGUAGGUGGCUCCUAAUCUGUCUAAUUUGCUGUCAUGUAGCCAAUGUGAGCUAAUGAAUGAUUCAGCAAUUGUCAUGGCUGCCACUUAAUGUGCUGUAAACCUGCUACUGCGACUUCCACUGCAGCUAAAUACCUCUGCUUCUGUGAAUGCUUUUCUCCUUCACUGCCUUUCUGAUCACCUUCUAACACCCCAGUAAAUAAGUGUUUCUAGAUUCUUAAAAACCUUUAAUCAAAAGCUUCAGAGAAACAAGUUUUCCUACAAAUAUUUCAACUUACUCAUGUGCCAAGGGACUAUUUCUACUCAUUUACAAAGAUCUGUGAAAACUACUCUAGUAUCUCUGAUCUCUGGAGACUAGGAGUCUUUCUUUGAGAACACUCACCUUCUGGUAGGAAAAAAAGAUUUAAAGUGUAUCUCACUCAAUACUGUGCCCUGUAGCCACUGAAAGAACUUAACUGGGGUAAAGUGUACAAAUCUAACAUUAUUUGAGGCUUUUUCUUUCAUUUAACUAUUGAGAAAAAUUUCCAUGGACCACAAGUUCCUUUACAGUAUUAGGAAACAGAAAAUGAGAGAAGAGUAGCACGAGGAUUUUUCACAGGGUCUAGGAAAAAAAGUAUCUGUUUGCUGGCUGGUGACUCUGGGACAUCAAUCUCCUGGCACUUCCAAAACUCUAAGAUAGCAAUAAAUAUGAGCAGCUCUAACCUAUCAUCCCUGAUCCAGUCCCAGCAGUGUCCUGAGAGAGUAUCCCUUGCUUCACCUGCAGUUCUGCAUCUGCACUUCUGAGAGCCCCACAGAUCAUCAUAGUCUAGAUGUGGGACUCCCAGACAUCUCUACAGAACUGUAUAAAUGAAGAAUACAGUAUUUCAGUCUUUACUCAGACAAAAUUGCAGGCUUCCCUCUGCCUCUUGCUUUGUAGGCUAAGAUAUAAUCACUCAGUAUUAGAACUGCUCCUGCUUAGCUAAAUUCUCUGUAGACAGUUGCCUGUGACUUAAACAAGGGAGAAAUACGUCCCAGCUUAGAUGAGUUCCAAGUCGCAGCAGCAGCUUACAGAACUGGCUACUAUUUCCGGUGGCUCUGGGAAACAGCACAAGAACUCUGCUGCAGUGGAUUCUUUUGGCUACACGAUGAGUUCAGACUGUUGUUCACAGUUGUGAAGCUGACUAAGACUUCUCUCUGGCAUCAAAAGAAUGAAAAUGAGCUCUCUGCUGGACUCGCUGAGGAGUUCUGUUAAGAACAGUUGUACUGUCUCAAAAAACGGUAACUCAGCUAGAAUGCUCAGGACACAGACCCUCUUGGGCUUCCUGCUGAAUAAAUCUACUGAAAAAUGAGAUGCUUUAUUGACUUGUUUAAAGCAAAGCAAAGGGAUACUGUAGUUCCAUCUGCUAUCUAAGGUAUAAGACAUAGCUUACUUGUUUCAUUCUUCUGUUAUAGUACAUCUGCCUGUUUCUCUAGCCUGGGGUCUUUUAGAAGAUGGUGCUUUUUCUACUAAGCCUGUCUGACAUGGUGUGGGCAAUGCAAUGCCUUACUAAAAGUAUCUGUGUGAAUUACGUAAAAGAAAGUUCAUCAUACUGUACAGUUUAAAUUCAGUAAAGUGGUUUCUUCCUCCAGUUCCUGUGGCUCCGUGAACCAUUCAGACCACAUGUUUACCUUCACGUUUAAGAGGAGUUGAAUGUCCCAAAGUGCUCUGUGGAGAUGUGCAGUUCAAAAGCAAAUUUCUUACUUUGGAUGUUAUUUUAUCUUGUAUUUGGUGCCUUAACUCUCUACAAUCUAAGGUCAUAUAUACUGUACCACAGGUAGUUUAAUAGUUAAGUGUGCUUUAAAAGAACCCCCUCAAGCUUAGUCUAAAGCAACUGUGCAAAGACUGAAGCCUUCUCAGGAGGAGAGUUCUCUGCCACAUUUAAUUAAUAAUCCAUUGAUAAACAAGUUGCAAGAACCACAGAUCAAGACUAUUUAUCUGAUUUCCAACUUUAAAGGCUUGUGGCAAUAAGAUAAUGAAGGGUGCAGUCUCUUCUAUGCUCUGUAAGUAAACACCAACAAUACGCAAAAUAGCAAGCCAGAAUUGCAUGUUUGUGAAACAGCCCUCUGGACUGUUAUCUUUACUAGAACAAAUUACACUAAUACUAAAAGGCAUUAAUUGAAAGUAAUUGUCCUUCAUUCACUGGUAUGGGGGAGUUGCAAUGAGUAAGAGUUGCAAUUAAUUUUUCAUUCCAAAAGAGCACAUGGGCUUAAGCCUCAUUCCUGCCUCUUACCUGGAUCUCGAAGCUCCAGGUGCCUUAGCUGCUUUGCAGUUCAUGAGGUGUAGUGCAGCUUCUGCCUGAACACUCACUUCUGAACACAUCUGGUGCUGGUAGAAUGGACUGAGGCAAGAGAGAGAGAGAAAAGAAAACAAAUUAAACUGGAAUGCCCUCUCCAGUCUUAAAAGUUGAGCAUCUGGGACAGGAAGUUGGAGGAAAAGUUGCACUGCCUUUUCCAAGUCCAUUAUUAGAGUCUGUGGUAAACCAGCAGCCUCAAUACACUAAGAACAGGGGGUGAUGGUAUUGUUUUUCACUUGUUUAAGUAAUAACGCAAGAGCUCUGAGCUAGCCACAGAGCAGGCUCAGAGCUGCAAGUGAUGUUGCUGCAGGAGAAACGCUGGGGUUUUUUUCCUGUUCAAUAAACAAGUCCAGGAUGGAAGCUUUUCCAGAGAAGAAAUCCAGUGAAAAACCUUGAUUUCCUGAUACAGCCCUAUCCAAAGCAGGGAGACUGCUCCAGGCAGUUUAUGUAGCAUGCAACUGAAUUCUUGGAGGGAAAGGAAUAAUAGUAAUUUCCUCUAGAGGAAUACUAGUAACUUAUUUUUUCUACAGUGCCCACAGUGUUCUAGACAACUUGCUUUUACACAGAACAGCACGGCAACAAGGGAAAGCAAAUACUGCUUCCACAACUACCUGUUGUAACGCACAUACUUCAGGUCACCAACAUUGGGGUAACUCGUUAUGACAAAGAAGGUUCAUCUUUGCAGGAAAGCAUAUUUUGACAUUCUGUCCACUUCUAUUUUUAAGCUAGAGGGGAGUUAAUUCUAGCACUCAUCUGUUUCGAAGGGAGUAGAGCAGAAGGUAAAUUUUAACUUUGUACUUUGAAGCUGCUAUGAGUAAGUUGUUUAACAGUGUUCCAUGGGAACAACCUGAUGUACUUCAUUUUCUUUAUGUUCAUUUCCACAUUCUUAGAAAAGCACAAGCUUGUGUAAGCAUAAUCAAUACAAAGUUACUCAGGGUACUGUGUCAUCUCAGCAGUGGACACAAACUGCAUCUUCAGUCAACAGGCACAUAUAAAUCAAGCUUAAAUAAGAGGAACAGAACAUCUUGGCAGGUUUUGCUUUACUACUGGCACUGUUACUAUUUAAUGAUCUAUGCAUAUGGCAAUAUGUGUAUUGCUGCACUCCCAACAGAACCUGUAGUUCUGUAUGGGCAUCCUGUAAACUAACAAAGUAAAAUGUAGUCAGUGUAGGGGAGAGAGUAUUCUUCUUUCAUUAUAUCCACAGAGAACUGUUUACAAGCAGACAGAAAGUGAUACUGCUCAAAGCAGAAAAAUGGUGGGCUGAAGAACAACAUUCAGAGCAGUACAGCUUUUGAAAAGCUAGUGAUUCUAACUAAAUUUUCAUUAGUUAUGAAAAUUCUAAUUUGCUGUACAGAUUAGUUCCUGUGUUUUCAAACUAGUAUCACUGCUUCCCUGCUCAAAAUAACAGGAUAAAGACCAGUGUAGCUUUCUAGUAACAUCUGUUACAUGAAAAUACAGAAAGCAGAAGCUGUACUGCAGAGAGCAUAUUCAACUACAGAGCCAUUCUCUGGGCAAUGCUGCAUAAUUCAAGAGUGGGUAAAUUUGCCUUCAGGGACAACACAACACAUAACAGAUGCUACAAAAAAAACCAAACAAAAACGAACCACCACAGAAAAAAGCCUCGAAGCUUCGUCCAGUCAUACAUUUAUUCUUCCCUGAAAAAGGGACAAGUAUACUCAUAUGUGCUUAGUGAGUUAUACAUCAGACACCACAAAGGUCCUUAAGGACACCUUUUAAAGCUAGUCUCCUUUUGGACAGAAAAGGGAGAAAGUUGACUCUGUCUUCCAGUUCCAAAGUGCAGUGUCUUAUUUCUGAUCCUAACCCUAAGUCAAUAUUUAUUGAUCGAACUGACUAAGCUUUUUAGGUCGACAAGCUCUCCACAAAGUAAUUCUGUUCUCUCGAGCCUCUGCAGGGGCCAGCAACUGGUGCUUAACUACUACUUCCACUUCUGUAUGUCACCUGUCCUCCAGGUCUCCCAGAGCCAGUCUGGGCCACCUGCACUUCCAAGAGAGCAACACUGCUGGGGGGGGGACUGUCAAAAGCACUGAAACACUACAGUGAAGUCUCAAUGGGCUGUAUGCUUUAAAGUCCUGUCCAGUUCUCAGUGACAAAGUUGAGCAUGAAACCUGUACUGCCAAAUGUACCAGCCCCUUAAAUGAGAAGGAAAUCUAUGGGAAGCAGUCUUGGAAGUGGAGAUUUUGAGGAAAGGCUGGUAUUUUUCAGGUCCAACUCAUGAGAUUUUCCUUUUUUAAAUGGUUGAGCUUCCACCCACCAAAAAUCACCAUCAGUCAAAUUAAUUAAAACUGUUCCUGCUAAUCUGAGCUAAAACAUCCCCCUGUGUAACCCAAACCACCAUCACCCAUCCAUCUAAAGAAUUCUCAAGCAAAGAAUCCUCGGGAGGCAGAGCCCUGCUGAGUCUGCACACUAGGAGGCAGACAGGCAAUGUGGCAGUGCAGUAUAAUGUGACUUUUCUGAUGACAAUUCUCAAAACAAGGAAAAGACAGGGGCAGUGUUUCAUGCUCAGCAAGUUUGUGGAUGGAAGGAAUGCAAUUCUAUAAAUCACUUGUACUGUAUUUCUGUUUCUAGACUUGAAUGAAUUUCACUUUUCCUUUGUGGGUCAGCACAGUAAAACGUUAAAAGAAAAGGUCUAUUUUUCUAAAUCUCUCUCACCAAUAGGGGUCUGGCCUGUAACCAACAGAUGGAUAUCUUUAUCCACAGAGGACAGUGUUUAUUUUUACACUAAGAUUGGACAUGGCAUUGAAUAAAAAGAAUUAUGACCUUUGAACUAUCUAAACCUUAAAUACUAUGAACAAAUUCUACAAAUGAGUAAUAUGGUGGACAAUUCCAUCUUUCUUCCCCAUAAAUCUCUCAGAAGAAGUUACCUAGAAUUAAACUUCCAAAUGAAGUACCACAGAUCCCUGUGGUCUAAUUUCAGACUACUUUCAAAAUAUUUUAAGAUUUCUCCCAGUUUUUAAUGUGUAGAGAACAACGUUUAAACUAUUCCUGACUAUAAAUAAAGCAACUUCAAAUAAAGUAAUUUGGCAACAACUGUAGUUAUUUAUAGCAUUAAAAAUGUAAUUGGAACAUUCAAAUUGUCUUAAUUCGGUAGCAGCUGAGUGGGAAGAAAAAUAACUGCACACUGAGUUUUAAAUGGAGCUGUAUCUACUCACUAGCCAAGAAAGCCUGCAAAUGUAAAGAAAAUGGAAUGCUCUUUGUACAUGAAGUUGCUUCCUCACGUGAUGCUGUACCCUGUACACUCGGCUUCAUUUGGCUUCUGUGUUGUGGUUUGUGUGCCAGCCACUGUUAUUAAUUGUACACAACACUUAGAUCUGCACUGUAAUCUUGGUUCAUUUGCCACUGAUUGUAACCCAAUGCUACAGAUUUCUCUGUAUAUAAAACCGUAACCAUGUCCCAUUUGCUUCCAAGAGCAUACAAUAAAGGCAUCUCUCUGUAAACAGGAA